AGUGACGUAAUCGGCAAUAAGCAUCACUUCGACCUUCUGGGGCGAUAUAUUUCUGCUGGUGUCCCUUUUAUUGGAUCUGUAGUUUUGAGAUUCCCAGAUACUUUUCUUUUUUAAGACGUUUUUCGAUAAAUAAGACAUGCUGCCCGUGUUGGUGGUCCAUGGAGGAGCAGGGCACGUCCCUGAGGAGUAUCAGCAGUCUGUGCUUGCGGGCGUCCGGGCUGCAGUCAGGGAGGGCUACGCCAUACUUCAGGGACAGGGCAGUGCCAUGGAUGCGGUGGUGGCGGCUGUCACUUUGCUGGAAAAUAACCCCAGCUUUAAUGCAGGACUAGGCUCAGUGUUGAAUGCUAAGGGUGACGUGGAGAUGGACGCCAUUGUGAUGGAUGGGAGAGAUCUAACCAGCGGAGCUGUUUCUGCUGUCAAAAGACUGGCCAACCCUGUUCAACUGGCUAGAUUGGUUAUGGACAAGACGAUCCACCUUUGUUUGACUGGAGAAGGUGCCAAUCAGUUUGCCCGGGAAAUGGGUGUGCCCGAGGUGCCAGAGGAGUCCCUGAUCACAGAUUACUCCCGCAUGCGCUGGAAGAAGAACCUCGCACCCGACGCCAACCUGGUGGAGUCCCUGAUGGGAAAGAUGGGCACUGUGGGGGCGGUGGCGGUGGAUGCCAUGGGGAACAUAGCCUGUGCCACUUCCACCGGUGGCCUACCCAACAAGAUGGAGGGCAGGGUCGGAGACACAGCCUGUAUCGGGUGCGGAGGUUAUGCCGAUAACAAGGUGGGAGCAGCGUCCCCCACGGGCCAUGGUGAGGCCAUCAUGAAGGUCGUUCUGGCCAGACUCAUCCUGUUCCAUAUGGAGCAAGGGUGCAGUACAGAGGUAGCGGCCGACAAGGCCCUGGCCUAUAUGAAGGAGAGGGUUGGGGGUGUGGGGGGUGUGGUGGUGGUGGACCCCCAGGGUGGAUGGUCGGCCCGCUUCAGCAGCAGGCAGAUGGUCUGGGCUGCCGGGCAGCAAAACACACUCCACUUCGGCCUGCACGCUGGAGAGCACUUCACACAGAGCACCGACGACCCCAAUUAGCGCACACUCCAUUUGUUCAAAUGUACACGUUAGUCAUUUAGCAGGCACUCUUAUCCAGAGAAAAUUACAAUGAUUGAUUAUUAGUAUUAAAUAGUAAUAAAUAAGUAUUAAAUGGACUUUGAGAUUUCGACCAACUUAAAGGAUUAGUAUGUGGUAUGUAUUCUACAUAAGGAAGCUAGGUGAAUUACAACAACAGCAGUUUGCAGUAAAACCAACUUUGACCAAUCCAGUGAGGUAGGGGUUUUUUCAUGAUGGAAAUUCAGUGGUUAUUUGUUUUCUCUACAUGGGAAUAUACUGUACAAGAGCCACCAAAUGUCCACUAGAAAACCAACUUAGUUGUGCUGCUAGUAAGUUUCACUUUCACCUGCUUAAAAAAAGCUGUAAAAAAAAUCCAUAUCUGGUAUUUUAAAGGUAUUUCACAGUGAUUUAGAUGACAUAAUGUUUCCUUGAGUGAACUUUGUAAUACGCCAACCAGUAAAUUACAGAGGGAUUUCUCUUGCCCCAGUGCAAGUCAUUCUGGGGUAGACUUUACACGGUGUACAUUCUAAAUCUAGGAACUCCAUUUAGUCUGUGUUGUUAGACACAAUUACAUUAGAAUCAGCAAAACACUAAAAGGAGAGGAGUAGAUUAUUGUUUCCUAUAGUGAUGCUGAUGGAGAGGGAGGAUGAAAGUUAGCCCUGCUUCUGCAGACCAGUAGAAAUUCUGCUUGCUUAAGGUGCUCAUUCUACUACUACUGCACAUUUAUUAUGGACAUUUUCUGAAAUCACACACAAAUUAUACAUAUUGUCACUUUAACAUAUGAUAAACCUUUAAGAUGGUGAUUCUAUGAUUAAGUUUUAUGACUUCUGUAUUAUGAGUUCAAGCUUAAUGUUAGAAAAUUAUCUGAAAAUACUGUGAAAUUGGGCACAUAUGUGUAAUUUUACCUUGGAAGAUUAUAGGUGUAAGUAAAGACCUUGGAAGGUUUAGGCGUGAUUAAGGUUGGAUCAAGUGCCUGCAUAUCCAGCAGCUGUCCAGACGGAGGAGCUGAUGUGCUUUUGUUCAGUAGCCUAACUGCAAUUAUUCUACUUGGUGUGGGUUACGUGCCUUGAUCAAGCACAUGAUGGCAGAACAUGGCAGGAUUCCUGGGUGGGAGGUUAGCAUCCCAGGCUAAUGGAUUGGCUUGGAGAAAGAGCUGCUGCACAUUUAAAGCCUCUGAGCCAUGGGUGUUGAUAAACUGCUAAAUGUGAAUAUGAACUCAGGAAUAAAUAUGUUUUUAAAUAAG